AUGGUAUCCCUCCCGUGGGCAUCUGCGCGCGAGCCGCCAGGCCUCAUCCGGCGGCUCGUACAGCUCGUCACCCUGCCGCCGAUUCUGCUCGGCGUCCUCAUCUCCUUCCCUGUCAACGCGGUCGACUACCUCUUCCACCGCCCACCCUACGCCUUCAAGCGGCACAUCAUCCUCGGCGCCCUCCGCUUCUUCCAGAAUGCGAGCAGCGCGCUCCGCUUCGUGAUGCCCUACGAUGGCGAAGCGGAUGUGAUCCCCAAAGCGGCCGCCAAGCGCAACAAGACCGAGUACGGGGUGCGUCAAGUCCCUCCCAUUCCCGACGAGCUGCGUCUCCCAUCCACCCGCCUCACACCGGGAAUGGAGGCCGUCAAGACUGAACAAGUACCCCUCUUCGUCGUCGCCCCAAAGGAUACCGAGAGUUGGAAGCAGGCCGCCCCGGGCGAGAUGUGUCUCUUCUACGUCGUGGGAGGCGGGUAUCAGGUCGGCCAUCCUCUCAGAUUCCCUUUGACUACUGAGUAUGUCGCGCAUACUGGAUUACGCCUCUUCUCGCCCAAUUACCGCAAAUGUCUUGAUGAUGCGAGUGGAUUCCCCGCCCCACUGCUUGACAUGCUCGCCGGCCUGCAGUAUGUUAUUGACGAACUGGGAUUCGAACCCAAGAACAUUAUUCUCGUGGGCGAGAGCGCGGGUGCACAUGGCGUCCUCAUGCUCGCCCGCUACAUGGACGAUCUGAUCCAGAUGGGCUUGACGCGCUGGGGCCUUCCGGGUGCUGUCUUCGCUAGUGCGCCAUGGACCAACAUGCUCUGUAACUUUGACACGAUUGACUCCAACUACUCCAAGGACUGGCUAGCUCCUAUACGGCGGGUCAUUGCGCCGGCCUUUAACCGCCACUGUGCGGGCCAUCUGACACAUCCGCUCAUUUCGCCGGCCCUGGCCCCAGCAGACGACAAACAUUUCACCCGUCUCCAGGACGCUGGAGUGCGCAUGCACAUCGACUGCGGUACCGACGAGGUGCUGUACGAUGACGGCGUUAGGCUCGUCAAGACUAUGCGCGCGCAGGGCCUCGAGGUGCAGUUCCGCAUUGUGCCACAUGGCGUGCACUGCGAGUUUGCGUUCGCGACCUUGAUGCCGGGCGUGUACAAGGGCGCCGGGUUCUCGUGGCCGCUCCUCCUCGGCGACCUCGACGAGAUGAUUACCCAGCUGCGCGCGCGCUAA